UUUUUAACCGUUGGAUAUAAGAUCUGAUCAAGAUAUUGAUCAAAUAAAGAUAGCAUUAAUUAUUGAAUGAGGGUAUAUUGGGAACUAUAUAAAAAAAGGAAACAGAGAACCAAUUAAUACUUCUUCUCCUCCUCGUCAUUUUUCUGCCAUAGAGGCAAGACCAAAAAAGCAUUGGCAUCCCCAUAGCAGUCCACCACCCAAACGUGGGCUAGUUCAUGUAUGACAACGCCACAACGACAUCUCCAUCAUCCCCUCUGUCCCUCUCGAGCACUCGCUCAUCCAGGUAGUCGUCAUCACCCACAACGGCACCUUUGUUGAGGCCGCCUCCAAUGUCGUCUCCUUCCGCCCCCUCGCAACGGGAGGAGGGAGUUUAGGUUUGUGGGUGCUGCGUUGCCAGCAAACAGGGAUGACGAUGCAGUGAUGGGAGAGUUCGGCAGGAGGACGGUGUCGACGAUAUGGCAUUAUCACUGUGGGUGCGUGGUAGGGAGGGUGGUGGACCGGGAGUACAGGGUGACUGGUGUCAGCGAGCUCAGGCUCAACGACGGGUCGACAUUCUCAGUGUCACCGGGGACCAAUCCUCAGGCUACUCUCAUGAUGAUGGGCAGGUACAUGGGAAGGAAAAUCAGUGAAGAUAGGCGCGAGAUGAGCAAUGUUGCUGACAGGAAGGGAAGGAAUCGACAGCCGCACCCUCAAAAGGGCAUUGAAAUUCCCAGAGCUGCUUCAAGAGGGGGACGAUCGGAGGCAACACUAGCAGUAGUUUCUCUCUUCUAUCAAUUAGCAUUACACUACACUUCGCAGAGAUUAACACAUCCCCCCCUCCUCCUCCUCUUUUUUUCUAAUAACUCUCUUUUUUCUUUUAACCCUGCAAAGCACUUCUGGGUCCAGUCAGUUGAAAAAACAGGUGUUCUGUCGAGCUUCCUGGAGAUAGAUUUGUUUAAAAGAACCAUGUGA